GUUUGUCGCUCCGGCCAUGCCUGGCGGGGCCCACGAGGCUGUUCCGAGCCCGGUGCGAUUAUGGUAGGUGACGCCCGGGACUCGAUUGGCCCGGCCAUGACCCUGGAGACGCAGGACGCACUGUACGUGGCACUGGAGCUGGCCAUCGCCGCGCUGUCGGUGGCCGGCAACGUGCUGGUGUGUGUGGCGGUGGGCACGUCGAGCGCGCUGCAGACUCCCACCAACUACUUCCUGGUGUCCCUGGCGACGGCCGACGUGGCCGUGGGGCUGUUCGCCAUCCCCUUUGCCAUCACCAUCAGCCUGGGCUUCUGUACGGACUUCCACAGCUGCCUUUUCCUCGCCUGUUUCGUGCUCGUGCUCACCCAGAGCUCCAUCUUCAGCCUCCUGGCCGUGGCCGUCGACAGGUAUCUGGCCAUCUGCGUCCCGCUCAGGUAUAAAAGUUUGGUCACUGGGACACGAGCAAGAGUGGUCAUUGCUGUCCUCUGGGUCCUUGCCUUUGGCAUUGGAUUGACUCCGUUCCUGGGGUGGAACAGUAAAGACAGUGCCACCAACAACUGCACGGAGUCCUGGGAUGGAACCAUAAAUGAAAGCUGCUGCCCUGUGAAGUGUCUCUUUGAAAAUGUGGUCCCCAUGAGCUACAUGGUAUACUUCAAUUUCUUUGGGUGUGUCCUGCCCCCACUGCUAAUAAUGCUGAUGAUCUACAUCAAGAUCUUUAUGGUGGCCUGCAGGCAACUUCAGCGCACGGAAUUGAUGGACCACUCAAGGACCACCCUCCAGCGGGAGAUCCAUGCAGCCAAGUCACUGGCCAUGAUCGUGGGGAUUUUUGCUCUAUGCUGGCUACCAGUACAUGCUAUCAACUGUGUCUCUCUUUUUCAGCCAGCUCUGGCUAAGAAUAAACCCAAGUGGGCAAUGAAUGUGGCCAUUCUCCUGUCACAUGCAAAUUCAGUUGUCAAUCCCAUUGUCUAUGCCUACCGGAACCGAGACUUCCGCUACACUUUUCACAAAAUCAUCUCCAGAUACAUUCUCUGUCAGACAGAUAUCAAAAGUGGAAAUGGGCAGGCCGGGACACAGCCUGCUCUUAAUGUGGGCUUAUGACCUAGGCUCUGGCCUCUUGGAGAAGGCUCAAAUUCAUAAUAAAGAACAGAACAGGACACAACGCUGAUUCUUACUGUGAAAGAUAGCCACAAGCCUAUGCUUUUGAGCAUGCUCCAAGGGUUGACAAAUAGAUUUAUGAUUCUAUUGGGCUGCUCUUACUGUGUGGAGGAUGCUGACGACUUGAAUGGAUUCUAAAAGACUAUUGUUAAGAAUCUGCCUCAUUCAUGGUAGAAAAUGAC